UGUUUUGUUUUCACCUACCUCCAAAACAUUCUCAUGCCUACCUUUUUCUCUGCCCUUGUGACUUCAUAAAAGCACCUAGAUUUUCCUCUGAGAAACUGCCUCAGUUCUCAUGUUUUGAGUAUGGCUGAUCUGGCCGGGAGCUCCAAGGUGUUUGGCCAAUCAGACCAUCCCGCCCUCCUAAACAGACUGAUUGGCUCAGGGAUGACCAAACGACUGAAGAGGAGUUAAAAUGACCUCGGAGCUGGAACGGUUAUGUUGUCAUGUUAAUGAAAAGAUUGGCAAUAUUAAAAAAACUCUGUCAUUAAGAAAGCUUGGCCAGGAACCUACCUUGAAGACUGUAUUAAAUAAAAUAGGAGAUGAGAUCAUUAUAGUAAAUGAACUUCUAAAUAAACUUGAAUUGGAAAUUCAAUAUCAAGAACAAACCAACAGUUCACUCAAGGAACUCUGUCACUCUCUUGAAGAAGAUUAUAAGGAUGUAGAACAUCUGAAUGAAAACAUUCCUUCCCAUUUGCCUCCAGUGACAGUAACCCAGAACUUGGUUAAUGGAUCCGAUCUUGACUCUGAAGAACCAGCCAAAGUUGAGCAACCUGAAUCCACAAAGAAGCCUCCAAAAGAACAAAAAAUUAUUAAAGAAAUGCUAUUUAUAUCUACUGAUGAGUUCAAUGGAGUUCCUUCGUACAUGAAAUCCCGCUUAACUUAUUGUCAAAUUAAUGAUGUUAUUAAAGAAAUCAACAAGGCGGUAGUUAACAAAUAUAAGAUUGUUCAUCAACCAAAAAAGUCUAUGAAUUCUGUAACCAGAAAUCUCUAUCAAAGAUUUAUCAAUGAAGAAACAAAGGACACUAAAGGUCAUUUUUUUAUAGUGGAAGCUGACAUAAAGGAGUUCACAACUCUGAAGGCUGACAAGAGGUUUCAUGUGAUCCUGAAUAUUUUGCGACACUGCCGGAGGCUGUCAGAGGUCCGAGGGGGAGGACUUACCCGUUAUGUCAUAACCUGAGGCCUUUGCUUAGAACUGACAGGCAGUAGGGCAUAGAGGCUAGUCCUGUAACCAUCAUACGUAUAAUCUCUUCGGCUUUUUAAAUUUUCUAUUCCUCUUAUUUUACAGAAAUAAAACCUUUUUGGAUAAUAUAUAUUUUCACAAUUUACUUCCUUUUGACAAAUAUUUAUCCACCUGCCACAUAAGGCUCCAUAGUAGGCAUGUAAUAGAAUUUUAACAAUUCUGUCUAGUUUUGUGUUUAGUGGACAAUGCUGCACACCCCAAUAAGAUCAGUAUAGAUAAGAUAUUGGAAGAAAAAAGGCCAAGAAGAUAAAUAAGGUCAAGGAUACCUAGGCCCUUUGGAAUUAAAGGUUAUGAGUGUCUAAAUUCUAUCCAAGACAUUUCAGUUUACAGGUGGACUUCCUUCAAGUUGUUCUGGAGGUAGUUUAUCCAUCUGAUUAUUACACUUUCCCAUAUGUCCUUAGGGAGCAGCUUACCAGUCAUCAGUUAAACCAGUCUGUAGACGUCAAUCUGUAAUGAAAGUGUGUUGAGAUGCUGUGAUAUUGCAGUUUAAUAAGAAAUAUAUAUUAUAUCUUCAUCCUCAGUUCCUUGUUCAGAGCUCCAAAAAACCUUGUAAUAUCCUGAUUCGUAGCAGUAAUUCUUUUGUUCUGCAGGUCUUUGACCUCAAUUCCUGACAUGACACAAAGCUCUUUAAUCUCUCCAAAAUGUCUCUUGAUAGGAAUGUUUUUUGUUUGAAUGAGGUGAUUCUUGGUGGGCGCCAAUAUAGUUUCAGGAUGGAGUCUUGUCAUGAAGACCAAGCCAUGACUUGAAACUUCUAAUUGUCAGCACUCCCUACCCCUUGGGACAAGGGCUGAGAUUGAGUUAAUAAUCAGUCAUCUGAUGUGAUGAAGCCAUAAAAAUCCCUAAACUGUGGAGUUCCUAGAGCUUCCAAACUGUGGGCACAUUGAUGUGCCUGGAGGACAGUGUACUCUACCUUUAUGAGGGCAGAAGCUCCUGUGCUCAGGACCCUCCUAGACCUUACCUAUUGUACAUCUUCUUCGGCUGCUCAUCUAUAUCCUUUAUAAUACCCUUUAUAAUAAACUGAUAAUCAUAAGAAGAGUA